AUGGACGAUGAAGGGACUGAAGAGGAGGAUACCCUAAUAGUAGAUGAUGAGUUGGAAGACUUGAUAGAACACAGUGAAUCUCUCACUUUAGUUGGGCGUAUUCUAGCAGGAAGGCGAUACCGAAAGCAAGCGGUUACAGAGGCUUUGAUCAAUGCCUGGAACACUUCUGCUCCAGUUAUUGUUUCACCACUGCGUGUGGAUACCUAUUUGUUCAAGUUUGAACACCCUAUGGAUCUGACUAAUGUCCUUAAUGAAACACCCUGGUCAGUUGCAGGGAAUCUAAUAGUUCUGGAGCGAUGGAAGGCGUCAAAGAAUUGGACUUUCGACUACACGGAGAUAUGGGUUCAACUACAUGAUAUUCCAACAGAACUGCACGAUCAUGGCUUGGUUGCAAAGUUGGUCUGUAAGGUGGGAGAGGUGUCCAGAUUGCUCUUCAUUAGUGGAGUUAGAGGAGGACAAAAGUUAUCCUAUUUUCGUGCUCGCAUUAGAAUGGAUAUCACUAAACCUUUGAAGAAAUUUCUGAAGAUUAAGAGAAGAAGUGGGGUUGAUCACAUGGUGGAUUUAAGAUAUGAAAGGUUGCCUUUAUUCUCGCUAUUUUGUGGUAGGAUUGGUCACGAUGAACCGAGGUGCGGGGUGGCGUUCGAGGUGAAGAGAAUCAUAGGUUACUGCAUGGAUGUGAUCGAACUUCCCCCUGUCCGGAAUUCUUGA